CACAGUUAACAGUUUCAUCUAAAACUCUCUCUGGUAAAAUUCGUCAGAUUUCGAUUUGGGGAACCCUAAGAAAACAAAUUCAUCCAUUUCUCGAAUCCGUAGAUAUUUUUCUCUGUGAUAUUUUGAAUUCGUUUUCAUUUGCGUGUGAUGGGUGGUUUAGCUAUGGAGGAAAUGCCUUUAUCGGCACUGUUCGAGCAAGCUAGGAAAAUUCAUCUCGCUGCUUCAGAGUCUGGUGUUGAUCAGGAUGUUGUAAAGAAAGGAUGUGAGAUGUUUCAGAAGUGCGAAGACAUGAUCGGGAAACUGGGCUUGUUCUCCUCUAAUGAGACUAAAGAAGAUAUAAGCACCAACAAUCUCAAGUAUCUUUUGGUGCCUUACUAUCUUGCGGAGUUGACGGAGAGAAUCAUACAGGACGAUCGGAUUCAGGUUGUCAAGGCAUCGUAUGCGAAGUUGAAAGAGUUCUUUUCGUUCUGUGAGGCAAUGGAACUUGUUCCGGAUGAAGAGUUGGAGGCUUCUUCACGAGGAGGUUCUGGUGCACCUGCUGAUCGAAGGGCUCUGAAGAUAGCUCGAUUCAAACGUCAAAAGGCGGCAGAGGCAAAGCUUCUUGAAAUUAAAGAGAGGAAGGAGCGACGCGGACGUUCAACUAAAGCAGCUGCCUUGUCAACUCCUGUGGAAGCUGGCGAAGAUGAUAUUCCAGAUGAUGACAGCGAAGAAGAGAGAGAGGCCUGGCUAUCAUCAAUCAACUUGGCUGUUUGUAAGGCUAUUGAUCUGUUGGAAAUGCUAAAGAGAGAAGAGGAAAUGCUCUCUGCAAUAAAGGAAAGGCAGUUGAAGGAUGGAGAGGAUGGGUUUUCCCGGGAUGCUCUUGAUGAUCGUACAAAGAAAGCUGAAACAUGGCACAGAAACGCUGCUGCGAGGGUACAGUACUCUAAUCCGGCACAACCCAUCACUUGUGCCACAUUUGCGCAAGAUGUAUUAGAAGGAAGAGCUUCGGUAUCACAAGGUCACGAACACAAGCACCAACCUCUUAUAUUCGGUCCAGCAAGCAUCGUGGGUGGACCGCUAUCUACCAACAGAGAGAGGAUGAUAGCUCAGGUUUUCCAACCAAGUCACAGGAUGCCAACAAUGUGCAUAGAGGAUGCUGGGUUAACAGAGAUGAAUAUAAUGAAUGAUUGGCAAGAGCAGACGAAAAAAGCCAUCGAAGAAGCAACCACCUCAUGGUAUAACGAUAAACCUCUGAGAAGAAAGGAAGAAGACGAAGAAGAGGAUGAUGAAGACGAAGAAGCCGUGAUGAAAGCUAGAGCUUUCGAUGAUUGGAAGGACGAUAAUCCUCGUGGUGCAGGUAACAAGAAACUCACACCUUGCGGCUGAGAGAUUGAGUUUUAGACCGAGACACACACAUAUUUAACACUUUCUCCCCUCUUUUUAUUUCUUAUUUCACAAAACCUCUUCGUUCACUUUUGUUGUCUGUAAUGUAAUCCAUCUUUUAUACUCUUGAAACCUUGAAACUGUUACAGAUUUACUGCAUAAUUUUUAACUACUUUCAUUUUCGUAUU